AUGGCUAAGCGUGGGACUAGGGCUGAUUGGAGUAAUCUUGUACCUGAAUUAUUGGACGUAAUCUUAGAAAAAUUGUUUCAUAAUCCGGAUUACAUCCGAUUUGGGGCGGUCUGCAAAUCAUGGCGUCUAGUGGCUCUCCUACAAAAACAAAAGCGAAUCGCAAAUAUCUCUAAACAGUCGCCAAUACGCUGGGUAUUGUGCCCUAGCGACGACUCAGAAACAUAUGGUCAAUUCUUGAAGGAGGGUUUCUUCAAAGCCAGAAGUCAUCUCAGACUAUACAACGUCGGCGAAGACAAAUCCUACGAAUUAAAUCUCCUCCAACUUCUUGCCAGCCCUGAGGAUGAUGAUGAAAUCAAUGAUGAAUCCGAGGUCACAUGGUAUGGUUCCUCGUGUGGGUGGCUGGCCUUACAGACCAAGGAUUUAUCGGAACCCAUCAGAGUCGUUAAUCCAUUCAUCCGAAAGUGUAUAAAAGUCCCGCCGGUUCCAGACGACAACGUGGACAAAAGGAUCAUUGUGUGUAACGAUCCUACCACGUCUCCAGAUAAGCUUGUCAUCGUCGCAAUCUUAAACUCAGAACGAGUCGCAAUUAUCACUGCCGGGGAAACAUCUUGGACCAUAGGGAACAUCGGCGUUGAGGAAGAAGGAGGCACAAGUUUCCUACAUUAUUCAGACAUAAUAUUUCACAAGGGAUUGUUGUACGUGGUGGAUCAUUGCGACCGGCUUUUCGUCAUCGACUACAACGACACGCGCACCGCCGGCCACUUUCCGACCAUCCCAGUCGUGUCAAAAAAGGCUCGCAAUUUCGAUAUUUCAAUCGCCCUGCCGUUGGUAUGGAAUUAUUUGGCAGAGUCAUCAAGCGGAGAUCUUCUCCUUGUGCAAGAGGAUUAUAAAAAGUCGGGUUAUGAGACUUACAAGCUUGAAAACUACAAGAAAGAAAACAUAACGUCACAUGGGGAGAAAGAGGAUAUGGAGGAGGCCAAUUGGGUAAAAGUGUCCAAGUUUAAGGAACAUGAUACUAUAAGCACCGAUUUCCAUGAUACCGUGAUUGUCCCCUUUGGUACCACAUUUUGCAUCCCAGAUUGCAAUCCAGAUUGGUUGUUGUGGGAUACAAGCAUCAGUCUUGAUGAAGGUUUAAAUGGUCCCAACAAAGACUUUAUCUAUCCAUUAGAUUGGUUAUCUCCACAAUUAUACUGA